UACCACUCUGUAGUAGGUCCUUCAGUUUUCUCCUUGAACCCCACGCCAAUGACUCCUCGAACGACUCACUUAUCAGCCAGUCAAUCUGUCCUAAUUUUCCAAUGGUUACUUCUUAGUAUUUUUCCCAAAUCCAGGCGAACGGAAAAUACGCGAAAAGGAGAGAGUGAUUUAAAAUAUUAAUAGUCCAAACGGCAGGACGAAGAAUUAACGAAAUUUACGCGGUACUCUAUCCCUUGGAGAGAAAGGAAUAAAGUGAAUUUCGAAAAAAAGUAAAGAAUUAAUGGGACUCCGCAUUAUUCCAGUAUUACGUAGAGACAAUAUCGCGAAUCAGCCACGCAAGUAUUUCAAGUCGGUUUUGAUUCUAGAUCGAGCCAGAUGGCCCGGCGAUUCGUAGCAAACUCCCGAUCAGUUGAUUCCCGCCAAUUCUCAAUUAUCCCGGAUAUUCAUUGCCUGAAUUACGUUACUAAGUAUUAUACGAUAAGUUGCCUUGUAAAAAUGUACCGAUUUUACUAAGAAAUUAAAUGUGUUACUAAAAGAAAAACUCCGCAGACACGAGUUUAUUAUUGAAUUGCAUUAUAAAUCUCGCGUUUAUCGAUCGAUCGCCGCUUGGGAUCGUGCCGCCGUUGGUCGCGCUUGCGCGACCCUCGACGCCCCAGCGCUCCGGUCGACUUUCGCUUUCAGAGGCAGUUUUCCUCCUCCUCCUAGUACGCUCGGAGCGUGCUUUAUCCCUCUCGCUGGUAAUUUCAUUGCAGCGCGAAACUCUCUCCGCUGUGCAUCGCGCAGCUACGUCUCCAACGAUGCGAUGGCACAUGGACAACGGCGACUCUUGAAGGAUGGACGUGAGCUCCCUGGUGCCCGCAGGACUCCAGACAGGAAGAGCCGACCUGUGCGUCGUUCCAGCCGGGUAUAACAAAUUUUCCGAAAAUCUCCGAAGGCUCACGCCGCCUGCACUGCAGUGCGCUGUUUUCUGCGGAGGCUCAAGAUGCAAAUACGAAAAUCCAAAAGCCUGGCCGCCCGUCCACAUGGCCAUUCAGGACCUAUUCUCCCACUGGGUUACCGAGGACGUCCUGGCUAUGGCACGACCCAGCACCGCUCUAAUUAUAAAAAAGAAUAUCAUCGCGCAGUUCCAAGGAUGGGGAAUUAGGACGAUCAUCAAUUUGCAAACUCCCGGGGAGCACGCCAGUUGCGGAGGUCCACUCGAGCCGAGCGGAUUCACAUAUGAUCCCAACGACUUCAUGAGGAACGACAUUUACUAUUACAAUUUCGCAUGGAAGGACUACGGCGAUGCGACAAUGGGGAAACUUUUAGAUAUGGCAAAAGUUGUGGCAUUUGCUGUACAAGAAGGGAGGGUUGCCAUCCACUGUCACGCUGGACUGGGCAGGACAGGGGUCCUGAUAGCUUGCUAUCUGGUCUACAGUUUAAGAGUGCGAGCGAACGAUGCCAUAAGAUUCGUCCGUCUGAAGAGACCCUGUGCGGUUCAGACUCGUGGACAGAUCCUGUGCGUCCAGGAGUUCGAACACCACGUCCUGCCGCAGAUCCUCGUAUUUCCAGUUAGCUCAGCCAUUAGAAAACCCUACAGCCUGCAGUCCUUUCUCUCUAAGCAGCAAAGCGUUCUGCAUGGCUACGAGCAGAGGACUUUUAAAUACAUUCCGAAGAUCGUCUUUACGAUUUGCGAGAGAAUUCUACAGCUCUGCGACUGUCGAGAAGACAACUCACCGGCUGAAAUAAAAUUCUUGGUCUCGAGUACUCCCUUCACGACGAAAUUCAUUUGCCACGCCAUAGAAAGGAAAACGGAAGGACAGAACUUCCCCAUGAGGCACUCAUUUUCCUGGAUGGAGUCUCUAGCCGGUUCUUCCUACGACGUCUCCAGUGGAUCCACGACGACUUACGCUGCUAGCACUCCUGGAUCUUCCAGGGAGACUCUGCAGAAUUCUGAUACUUCGGAAGAUCUCAGAAGAUUGAACGACGUCUUCUGUCCCUCGCCGGAUGUGCCUUCGUGUUCCUCUUACCAAGGUCUGGAUGAUAAUUGCGUAGACGACGUAUUGGGCGAUGGUAUUAGGGGACAGGACCUUUACGAUAACGAUUGCUACAAAGAGAUUCAAUCUCACCUGGAUCUGAAGGCUGCUGCACAGACUGAAACCUUUCGUGCCUUUAGUACUGAGGAGGCUGUGAAAGCCCUUCUGUGCGACCAUACGUCCUUAGCAGAAGAGCAAAAGAAACGACUGCGAGAUUACCAAAUUGAUCUAAAUAAUCGACAAACUGCGUGGCAGCGACUGGAGUUGGAAACCGACCUAAGCCUUUUGUCAGGUUUGCUUUACGAGUGGCUGGAAACCUUGAAAAGACCAGUAUUAGAUCUAGAGGACCUCAGUCACAUUGUCAUAUGGAGUUCGAAGGAACAGGAAUGCUUGCACAAAUUGCAGACUUCCACUAGAUAUCUACUCGAGUAUCUAUUGCGAUUCCUCUCGCGUCUCAGACCUUUAACUAUGGAAACUCAAAAUCUUCUCGGCAAGAGACUAAUGGCUGCUCUCACACAACAGUGCAUUUCAAUAAAUCACAUCCUUUUCCCUGCAGGCAAAAAUUUUCAUAAACUACGACAUGGGACUGCAGGAAAACUCAAUGAAUUUUUUUUAAAAACGAUGAAUCUAAUUGAAGAGAUUAAUACUCAAAGUUUUUAUUCAUCACAUUCAACAUCAGCUUGGGAGAUAUCAACUGUGCAUCAAACUGACACAGAGGAUAACGAAGAUGACAAACACGUCUAGGAAUCUUUAAAAAAUUGAUUGAAUAUUUUUAAGAAGAACAUAGAAAGGAUUGAAGUGAAAUAUUACAAAUGCAUUUAUAACUCGUUACGUCAACCCGAUAGUAGAUUGAGCUCAGAUCAAGCUCAGCAAACCUAAAAGAAUGUACUUCGGUUGCGCCCAUUUCCGUGAGUAGGAAGAAAAAAUAGAGAGAAAAAGUCUCAUCGAGAAUUUUGGUAAUUCGCAAACAAGCGAAGACGAAGAAGGAAAAACUUAGUUGCCCAGAAAUAUUGAAAAUUUAAAACAUUGAAUAAAGCGUUCGAAAUGUUACUAAAUAUUAUUGGAUUGUGACUUACCUUCGACAUUUAUUCAAAUAUAAAAUCGAGGCUAAAUCAAAAUCCCG